AUGUACGACGCGCUGCCCAAUCUUGUCAGCUUCGGAGUGGAAUUUCCACGCACCAAAAUCGUCAACGCGGCACUUGAAUAUGCAAAAGAGCACUGCAAUGUCCUGACAUUCAACCACGCCGUGCGCUCGGCCUACUGGGCUGCCAUUAUCGCCAAGAAAGACGCUUCCUUUUCCGAAAGCGAGCUCGACCUGGAGCUGGUUGUUCUCAGCUGCAUCUUGCACGACAUGGGCUGGGCCGAGACCGAGGACCUGCUGUCUUCAGAUAAGCGAUUCGAAGUGGACGGCGCAAACAUUGCCCGCGACUUUAUCCGCACAUUCAACGCACAGCAACAAGGACCCGAGGCUGCGGCCUGGGACCAGAGCCGCAUCCAGCGAUGCUGGGACGUUAUUGCGCUGCACACCACAUUCAGCAUUGCGAGGUACGCCGCCCCCGAGGUCGCCGUCGCCGCCUGCGGCAUCCUUGCCGAUUUCCAGGGUCCGUAUUUCCCCAACGGCCCCGGAGGCGACAACUUGAUCACCUUGGACGAGUACUCUGCGGUCAUGGGGCUAUUUCCGCGCGCGGGCUUCACCGUCGACGGCUUUACCCAUCUCAUGUGCGGCAUCUGCCGCAACAAGGCCGCUACCACGUUUGACAACUUUGUUGGCGAAUUUGGCUCGCAGUAUGGUGUGGAUGCGGCUGGCACAGGGAAAGAGGCGUUUUCUCAAGCUCGAGGGGACGCUAACAUCGUCAAUUUACUGCUUGGCGGGCUGGAUGCUUUGGAGAAGCUGGAUGCUAGCAAGAGAGAGUAG